AUGGCGACUCCUUUCCCCCCAGGGUGGUCAAGGCCCAAAAUGAAGCUCUAUGAGGGUGACUCCGACCCGACGGAGCACAUCAACUUCUUCGUGGGAGCCAUGCAGUACGCCGGGGCUACUGACCCGAUCUACUGCCGCUGCUUCCCGAUGAGCUUGGGGAAGGGCCCGAUGAACUGGUUCCAAAACCUCCCCAACAACUCCAUCCACAAUUGGGAAGGGGUCAUGUCCAACUUCUUGACCCAGUAUUCCUCGGUAAGAAACAUUCCGAAGUCAGAAGAAACUCUGGCUCUGAUCAAGCAAGGCGAGAAGGAAUCCCUGAAGGCUUUUCUUAACCGCUUCAACAAAGAAGCAGGAGACAUUCCGGACCUCCUCCCUCAGGUCCGCCUGAUCUUGGUACGACAAGCGCUUAGGCCAGGUCCUUUCCUAACUUCUUUGGAUGGAAAGAAGGCCCGGACGCUGGAGGAAUUCCAGGCCCGAUCAGAGAAGUAUAUUAACAUGGAGGAGGCUGCAACAUUAAGGUCCACCAAUCAAAACCCAGGCCAUCGACCCUCUGAGAAAACCCGAGACCCGGGUGAACCUAAGCGCGAUCGCGAACAGCGACGGAAGAGCCAGGAUGAGAAAAAGCAGAAGCGGAAGAGGCAACCCCCCUCGUCCGCAUUCGCCACCUACCAGACGAUCACCCACCCCACCCAAGGCCCGGGCCAGGACCCCCCCAGGAAUCGUGCACGUACACCUCCUCGAGAAAGGAGCCCCCGUCAUAGAACCCCCGACCGGCGCAGGAGUCCCGAACGCCGUAGAAGUCCGAAUCGGCGCCGCUCUCCAAACCGGUGGGACCAAGAUGAUGUACGACGACGCCACGGAACCAACCUGGUCGACGUCGGCUCGAUUGCUGGAGGAUGGGCAGCAGGUGGACCAUCAAACAACAGUCGGAAGAAAAGCACUCGAGUUAUCAUGUCAGCCGCUGGGAGACCUCGUCCUAACUCCCUUCGUACGCCGCAGCAGAAAGUUCCCAUCACCUUCACAGAAGACGACUACGGCACAGACACCGGCGAGGAGGACGACCCGAUCGUCGUAGAAGCCCUCAUCGCAAACGGUAAGGUACGUCGAGUACUCAUCGAUACAGGUAGUUCUGCUGACAUUAUGUUUUAUGAUGCUUACAAAACCCUAGGCUUAUCUGUGAAAGACCUGAUCCCCUAUGACCAUGACCUGAUCGGUUUCACGGGGGACAGAGUUCUACCGUUAGGAUAUUUUGAUGCAUACCUCUCCCUAGGAGACCCUAAUGUUUGCAGGACUAUCAAAGCCCGGUUCUUAGUGGUGAAAUGCCCAACAGCCUACAACGCCAUCAUCGGCAGACCAAGCCUUAAUGUCUACCGAGCCAUCAUCUCCACCCACCACCUGAUGCUGAAAUACCCGUGGGCCGGUAGGGCAAUUUCCGUACGCGGAAACCUAACCAUGGCCAGGGGGUGUUAUAACUCUAGCUGCAGAUUGACGCGAGAGGAUCGCAAGAGGAAAGAGCCCGACCGAGGCAAAAGGGUCGAAAACUUCCAUCUUCGAGCAGGAGCGUGCUUGACGGACAUCGAUCCACGAGUAGACCAAUCCAGAGAGGACCAACGUCUUAAGCCGGACGGGGAAGCACGACCAGUCCAGAUCGGUCGUGGCCUCGAGCAAACCACCAAACUGGCGCGAGACCUCCCUCAGGAUCUGUCCAACCGACUGGAGACCCUUCUGAGAAGUAACGGACACCUAUUUGCGUGGUCGUCCGCAGAUAUGCCGGGCAUCGACCCAGCAUUCUGCAGUCACAAGCUAUCAGUAGACCGAAGAUUCAAGCCAGUGGCCCAGAAGAAGAGGCAGAUGAGCGCGGAGAAGCAAGAAGCAAUCAAGGAACAGACGGCGGAACUUCUCAAAGCCGGGAUCAUUCGCGAAGUUAAGUACACCACUUGGCUUUCGAACGUGGUCCUGGUUAAAAAAUCCAAUGGGAAGUGGAGGAUGUGCGUGGAUUACACGGAUCUAAACAAGGCCUGCCCCAAAGACCCCUUCCUCCUCCCCAGCAUCGAUGCCUUGGUGGACAACUCCUAUGAGUACGAAUACUUGUCCCUCAUGGACGCAUAUUCAGGGUACAACCAGAUCCCGAUGUACAGAGACGAUGAAGAGAAGACCGCUUUUAUAACCGAUCGGGGGACGUAUUGCUACACUAUGCUCCCAUUCGGCCUGAAAAAUGCAGUGGCCACCUACCAACGAAUGAUGACCAAAAUCUUCGGGGCGCUGAUCGGAAAGUCAGUCGAAGUCUACAUUGAUGACAUCAUCGUGAAAACACCAAAAGGGGGCGACCAUGCAGCCGAUCUGGCCGUCGUGUUUGAACAGCUGAAGAAGUACAACAUGCGCCUCAACCCCGAAAAAUGCACCUUCGGAGUCAAGAGCGGGAAGUUUCUGGGAUAUAUGCUCACCAGUCAUGGGAUUGAACUAAACCCCGAAAAGUGCAAGGCUAUUGUCGAAAUGAAAAGUCCUAGGACGGUCAAGGAAGUCCAGCAACUGGCGGGACGGAUGGCAGCAAUCGGACGAUUUCUCCCCAAGGCCGCCCUAAGAGCCUUACCACUCUAUGCCCUGCUACAGAAAGGGGCGAACUUUACUUGGUCAGAAGAGGCCGAACAGGCUUUCUCCCGGCUGAAAGAGGUUCUCACCUCCCCACCGAUCCUAUCAAGUCCAAAGCCAGGGGAACCCCUAUACUUAUACUUAGCAGUCCGAGACAAGGCUGUGAGCUCCGUGCUGGUACGAGAGGAGGCGGGGGCCCAACUUCCGGUCUACUUCGUCAACCGCUCGCUCAAAGGAGCUGAGCUAAGAUAUCAGAUGCUCGAAAAAGUGGCACUCGCUCUCCUAACCACGGCCAGGCGACUCAGAAGGUACUUCCAGUCCCAUAGCAUCGUUGUCCGCACAGAUCAACCGAUAAGGCGAGUCCUCCAUAAACCGGAUCUAGCCGAUCGAAUGGUGGGUUGGUCGAUCGAGCUUUCCGAGCAUGAUAUUCGAUAUGAGCCUAGACGGGCGAUCAAGGCGCAAGUCCUAGCAGAUUUCCUGGUCGAGCUCACGAGCGAAGAAGACCCACCGGCGGAAAUCUCCUGGGUCGUUCACGUGGAUGGCUCGAGCAACAAAGAGGGGGGCGGCACUGGGAUCGUCCUACAAAGCAACUCAGGGAUGAUCGUAGAACAGUCACUACGCUUUAAUUUCCCGGCCACUAACAACCAAGCCAAGUAUGAAGCUUGCAUCGCCGGUCUGGUGACAGCGCGGGACCUGGGGGCGCAGGACAUACUUGUCUGUUGCGACUCCUUAUUAGUGGUCUCACAGGCUAACGGAGAGGCGCAGGCCAAGGACCCAAUUCUGGAACAAUACCUCUCCCACCUGAAGCGGUUGGCUGCCACCUUUCGUAAGGUGGAGUUCCGCCACGUCCCAAGAGCUGAAAACGACCGCGCGGACACCCUAGCGAAGCUGGCUAGCACCGGGAAACCCGGCCUGAAUAGGACAGUCAUCCAGGGCACUCUGGCCCUCCCGUACGUUGCAGGCCCCGACCGGUCCGAUGGAGUCCACGCCUUAAGCAUUGGCACGGACGACGACUGGAGGACCCCUAUUGUUAAGAACCUCACCACAAGCUGGCUACCACCCGACAAGUCGGAAGCCAAGAAGCUGACCAGAAGCGCUUCCUGGUACACCUUGGUGAAUGGAGACCUCUUUAAGAGAGGAUUUUCCACUCCUCUCCUCAAGUGCUUAUCAAAGGAACGUGCCGAGUAUGUGCUCGCCGAAAUCCAUAAGGGCAGCUGUGGCCACCAUCCCGGCGGGCGUUCUCUGGCGAGAAAGGUCCUCCGGGCCGGCUACUACUGGCCCACCCUAGAGAAAGACGCUGCUGACCACGUCAAGCGAUGUGACCCCUGUCAGAAACAUGCCGACCACCGCUUAGCCCCACCGGAACGACUCUCGACUAUGGUCUCCCCUUGGCCUUUCCACCAAUGGGGAAUGGACCUCUUGGGACCUUUCACAACCGCGCCCGGACAGCUGAAACACCUGGUCGUCGCGGUGGACUACUUCACCAAGUGGAUUGAGGCAGAGCCCCUUGCAACUAUCACUUCGGCCCGCAUACAGCGUUUCUUCUACAAGAACAUCAUCAGCCGAUUCGGGGUACCCGGAGUCCUGAUUACCGACAAUGGCACACAGUUUGCCUCCCAAGGGUUCAAGGAACUCGUGGACGGGCUUCACAUCAAGCACCACUUCACCUCUGUGGAACACCCCCAGACGAACGGAUAG